CCCAUGCAUUGUGUCCACCCUCGUGUCAAACCUCACAAGAUUCACAACACAACCCACUACUGCUUUUACUUUCCAACAAAACACACAAAAAGAAAAACCCUACUUUUGUCACAAUAUAUUACUAUAUCUCAAGACAAAGCCAAAACACAAUGCUAUCAUUCAACACUCUCUUUCUUGUUUUCUUGAUUGUUUCCCCGGCCGUGGCCGGAGGACACGGCGGAAGAAAACUCUUUUGGGACAUGUCAAGUGGUAGGGCACCCUCCUCAGGGACACCUAACGGUGCCUCUGGGUCAGGUCAUGGUCCAAAUUGGGACUACAGUUGGGGAUGGGGAUCCGCACCCGGGGCAGGAUGGGGGUAUGGCUCCGGAUCGGGCCGCUCCCCAACAGGUUUGGGUAGAGGCUUCGGAUAUGGGUUCGGAUCUGGGACUGGAUCCGGAUCCGGGUACGGAUAUGGAUUCGGAAGUGGCGGAGCUCAUGGAGGUGGAUAUGGGUCAGGAAGUGGUUCUGGUGGUGGUGCAAACAACGGUAACCGAUCACCAAAUUCAGUAUCUCGGGACAGAACCAACCAUCAUGGCUAAAUUGAUUGGCUCCUACUAUAUAGUUCAUAGUAUGAUAGUAAAAUAUUUACUAUAUAUAUAUAUAUUUUGCAUGUGUGAGAGUGCUUGGUGUGUAUGCAUGAAAAAGCUAGUUAGCUAUAUGAAAGCUUUGAAAUUGCUCUAAACCUAAUGAAAAAAUUAAUAUAAUUUUCCAAUUAUCGUUUUGGGUUUUGAUUCA